CACGCUCCGUUCUCAUUGCAACUCCGAUGCCUCGCUCUCACAUCAGCUGAUCACCCAAUCCUCGAGCAACCCAUAUCAAGCUCAACUCAGCUUACCAUGGUGGCGACGCAGGACCGCCGCCGUCUCCGCCCCGCCCUUCCCGCUGAUCCCCACGGAGUCAUCGACGAAGCAGAGUCUAGCUCGCACGACCGUCAACGUUCCUUCUCCUCCUCCUCCCGCAUCUCACGAGAGCGGGAGCAGUCCGUCAUCGUUGCCGCACUGAUCCACGUCGUCUCUGGCUACCCGGCGGCCCCCGCCGAGCUCUCAAUAGCUGGCGCCUGCGGCUUAUGCGGCAUUGGCGGAUGCCUGGGCUGUGACUUCUUCAUCUCGGCCGCAGAUGACGAGGUCCCGAUGCCGUUUUCUGUAUCAGAAACGACAAUUGGCAGAGGUGGGAAGCAGGUGAGGAAGAGGAAGAAGAAGGGCAAGUACAGGGGAGUGCGGCAGCGGCCGUGGGGGAAGUGGGCGGCGGAGAUCCGGGACCCCAGGCGGGCGGUGCGGAAGUGGCUGGGGACUUUCGAAACGGCGGAGGAGGCGGCGCGGGCCUACGACAUGGCCGCCAUCGAGUUCCGUGGCCCGCGGGCCAAGCUCAAUUUCCCGUUCCCGGAGCAAUAUCCAGCUCAGGUCGACGGAGACCACGAGACUAGCCAGUCCACCUCGCUCUCUUCUUCCAAUCCACCACAGCAGCAACCAUCCGGUGCCCAACACAAGCAGCAGGAUUCGAUGGAUCAUCAAGAGCAGGAAUUGACGGAUAUGUGGGCAGGGCUGCAGGAUCUGAUGUCAUUGGAUGACGGACAACUCUGCGUUGGCUUUAGUUAGACCAUGUCCAAUAUUCCUCUGCUGUUUCCAAGCGAAUCUGGAACUGUUUUACUCUUUGUUUCAGAGACAAAAACAAUGAACAUAUGCUGAAACAGUAAAAAGAGUUGAAAGAAA